UUAAUGGGAGAGAGAGAGGGAGACAGAGGAGAUUGUGUGUGCACGCCAGUUGCUGCGCUACAUCCCCUCUCCUGCCUCACUCUUCUAUCACUCCCCCAUUUGUUUUAAAUCUGUUGCCGCUUUCACGGCUUACCUCUCUCUCUCGCUCACUCUCUUCCUCAUUCGUUCUUUUCUCCCUUCCCUCCUCCCGCAGCCCUCCCUCCCUUCGUGCAGACGCUCCGCGCCGAAGAUGAUACCUCCAAUUUUGAGGAGCCUCCGGAGAAGCCUCGGCCCUGGCGAGUGGAUGCCUAGCGAGAUCCCGUGCGGCCGAGCUUCCAGGGCCAGGACCUGCCCUUUCUAGGCUGGUUCUUCAGCAGGGCGUUGACAGCACUGGCCAAGUCUGAGCCAGUGGCUUCAGGUCUCAACUCUCCUGCCAAAACCAACUCCAUGGAGAAAAAGCUAAGAACUAGUUGAAACUCAAGACAAAUGUUACAAGAUGGAGCAGGAGAUCUCUAGGUUUCAGCGCAAGAUGACUGACCUGGAGUCAGUUCUGCACCAAAAGGAUGUGGAGCUUAAGGCCUCUGAGACCCAGAGGACCAUCCUGGAGCAGGACCUGGCCACAUACAUCACAGAGUGCAGCAGCUUAAAGCGCAGCCUGGAGGCAGCCCGUGUGGAGGUGUCUCAGGAGGAUGACAAGGCUCUGCAGCUGCUGCAUGACAUCAGAGAGCAGAGCAACAAGAUGCAGGAGAUCAAGGAACAGGAGUACCAUGCCCAGCUGGAGGAAAUGCAGGUCACUAUUAGACAGCUGGAAGAGGACCUGUCGGCCGCCCGACGCCGUAGUGACCUAUACGAGUCAGAGCUUCGAGACUCCCGGAACACUAGCGAGGAACUCAAGAGGAAGGCUGUGGACUACCAGCAGAGAAUCCAGAAGGCGAAGGAGCAAGGGAAAGCCGAGGUAGAGGAGCUUCUUUGCAAACUGGAGAAGACCAAUGCUGAACAGCAAGUGAAAAUCCAGGAACUCCAAGACAAACUUUCCAAGGCGGUGAAAGCCAGCACAGAAGCCACAGAGCUGUUGCAGAACAUCCGGCAGGCUAAAGAACGUCUGGAGCGGGAGCUGGAGCGCCUGCGAUGCAAGGCCGACCCCAGCGACACCCUCCGACGACGUCUCAGAGAGACCGAGGAGGGUAAGAAGACCCUGGAGAACCAGGUGAAGCGUCUGGAGAUGGUGGAGCGGAGGGAGAACAAGCUGAAGGACGAUAUCCAGACCAAAUCCCAGCAGAUCCAGCAGAUGGCUGAUAAGAUCCUGGAGCUGGAGGAGAACCUGAGGGAGACCCAGUCCACAGCCCAGCGGAUGGAGGCUCACCUGGUGCAGAAGGAGAAGCUCUACGAGGACAAAAUUAAGGUCCUUGAGGGCCAGAUCAAGGUGGACCUGGCAGACAAGGAGAGCUUGGAGUCCAAACGGGCCCACCACCAGGAAGAGGCCCGGGAGAAGUGCAAGCUCCUAAGUGAACAGAAAGCAACUAUCAACGCUAUGGACUCCAAGAUGAAGAAUCUGGAACAACGGAUCGCAGAGCUCUCCGAGGCCAACAAGCUAGCCGCUAACAGUAGCAUCUACACCCAGAAAAACUUGAAAGCCCAGGAGGAGAUGAUCUCGGAGCUGAGGCAGCAGAAGUUCUACCUGGAGUCCCAAGCGGGGAAGCUGGAAGCCCAGAACGCCAAGCUGGAGGAGCACCUUGAGAAGAUGAACCAGCAGGAGCAGAGCAAGAGGAGCCGUCUGCUGGAGAUGGAGACCAGGCUCAGAGAGAUGGGCCUGGAGCACGAUGAGCAGAAGCUGGAGAUCAAGCGUCAGGUGACGGAGCUGACAUUGUCGUUGCAGGAGCGGGAGUCCCAGAUCAGUGGGCUACAGGCAGCACGUCAUGCCCUGGAGAGCCAGUUGCAGCAGGCCAAGACAGAGCUGGAGGACACCACUGCCGAGGCCGAGGAGGAGAUCACCGCCCUCAGGGCUCACAGAGAUGAAAUCCAACGCAAGUUUGACGCCCUGAGAGACAGUUGCUCAGUGAUCACAGACCUAGAGGAUCAGCUGACCCAGCUGAGCCAGGAGAACGCCGAGCUGAACCGACAGAACUUUUACUUAUCCAAGCAGCUGGAUGAGGCCACGGACGAGACGGACGACCGCCUGCAGCUGGGGCAGGACGUGGACCGCCUCCGCCGCGAGGUGGCUGACCGAGAGAUGCACCUCAACAACCAGAAACAGAACAUUGAGACUCUGAAGACGACAUGCAGCAUGCUGGAGGAACAGGUUGUGGAGCUGGAGAGUCUGAAUGAUGAGCUGCUGGAGAAGGAGAGACAGUGGGAGGCCUGGAGGGGAGCACUGGAGGACGAGAAGAACCAGGCCGAGAGAAGGACCCGAGACAUGCAACGCCUGAUGGCCAACGACAAGCAGAACAGGCUGCGUGCAGACCAGCGCAGUACCGAGUCUCGCCAGGCAGUGGAGCUAGCGGUCAGGGAGCACAAGGCGGAGAUUGUGUCUCUGCAGCAAGCUCUGAAAGAACAGAGACUGAAGGCUGAGAGUCUCUCUGAUACGCUGAAUGACCUGGAGAAGAAGCACGCCAUGCUGGAGAUGAACGCCCGCACCCUGCAGCAGAAACUGGAGACAGAGAGGGAGCUGAAGCAGAGGCUAAUGGAUGAGCAAGGAAAGCUGCAGCAGCAGAUGGACCUACAGAAGAGCCACAUCUUCCAUCUGACCCAGGGCCUGCAGGAUGCUCUGGACCAGACUGACCUGCUGAAGACUGAGAGGACUGACCUGGAGUACCAGCUGGAGAACAUUCAGGCUGUCUAUUCUCAUGAGAAAGUCAAGAUGGAGGGCACCAUUUCUCAGCAGACCAAACUGAUUGACUUCCUACAGGCCAAAAUGGACCUGCCCACCAAGAAAAAGAAGGGUAUCUUUGGGCGGCGUCGUGAGGAGCUGGGGCCCAAUGGGAAUGGAGCUGGGGGAUCCGGGGCCCAGGCUCACCCGGCGCUGCCCAUGCAGUACAGUGACAUGAAGGUGGCCCUGGAGAAGGAGAGGACACGCUGCUCAGACCUGGAGGAGGCUCUGCAGAAGAUGAGGAUAGAGUUGAGAUCACUAAGAGAAGAGACGGCCCAUUUCAAAGCCUCAGAGCAUGCCCCGGCCACGCCUGCCUCUGCCCGUCAGCAGAUACUCAUGUCGGCCAUUGUCAAGUCCCCUGAGCUCCAGCCCAACCCCAGCAUUCUACUGGCACCCUCCAGCUCUGCCCGCUGCAAGGAGAGCUCCACGCCCGAGGAGAAGCGAAGAGUAACUUUUGAAAAGUAUGGGCGUCGUGUGAAGGAGAGGAUGCACCACAACAUACCCCAUCGUUUCAACUUCGGACUCAACAUGAGGGCCACCAAGUGUGCCGUCUGCUUGGACACCGUGCACUUUGGACGCCAGGCCGCCACCUGCCUAGAGUGCCACACCCUGUGCCACCCCAAGUGCUCGCCCUGCCUCCCUGCCACGUGCGGCCAGCCGGCGGAGUAUGCUACCCACUUCUCAGAGGUGUUUUGUCGGGAGAAGGCCAACUCCCCUCCCCUGCAGCUCAAAGAGGCCGCUGGCCAUGUACGCCUGGAGGGCUGGAUGAAACAACCCAGGAACUCCAGGCGGGGCCAGCAAGGCUGGGAGAGGAAGUAUGUGGUGCUGGAUGGGACCAAGGUGUCCAUCUAUGACUCUGAACCCAGAGAAGACUCUCUGAAGCCAGAGGAGGAGUUUGAACUGUGUCUCCCUGACGGAGAGGUGACUAUCCAUGGAGCUGUGGGAGCCUCGGAGCUCAUCAACACGGCUAAGUCAGACAUCCCAUACAUCUUAAAGCUGGAGUCUCACCCCCACACCACCUGUUGGCCUGGCCAGUCCCUAUACUUCAUGGCUCCCAGCUUCCCAGACAAGCAACGCUGGGUGGCUGUCCUGGAGUCAGUUGUAGCUGGCAGCAGGGGCUCCAAGGACAAGGUUGAGGCUGAUGCGAUAGCUGUUCCUAAAAAACAGAAGAACCUCUCCCCAUUGGUCCAGAAACUUCUAGGGAAUUCUCUGCUGAAGCUGGAGGGAGACGACCGGCUGGAUAUUAAUUGCACCCUGCCCCUCACCGACCAGAUAGUGUUGGUGGGCUCUGAGGAGGGCCUGUAUGCCCUGAACGUCAUUAAGAACAGCCUGACUCACAUCCCCGGCCUGGCCUCCGUUUUCCAGAUCCGAAUCCUCAAGGAGCACGACAAGCUGCUCAUAAUUACUGGAGAGGAGCGGGCCCUGUGUCUGGUGGAGAUUAAGAAGGUGAAGCAGUCUCUGUCUCAGUCCCACCUGCCAGCCCAGCCAGAUCUCAGCCCAUACAUCUUUGAGACGGUCAAGGGAUGCCACCUCUUCUCCUCUGGCAAGAUUGAGAAUGGCACGUGUAUAUGUGCAGCCAUGCCCAACAAGAUCACCAUACUGCGCUACAACGACAGCCUCAAUAAGUUCUGUAUCAAGAAGGAGAUUGAGACGUCAGAGCCCUGCAGCUGUAUCCACUUCACAGGCUACAGCAUCAUCAUCGGCACCAACAAGUUCUAUGAGAUCGAGAUGAAGCAGUACGUGCUGGAAGAGUUCCUGGAUAAGAAUGAUGUGACGUUGGCCUCGGCCAUCUUUGCGGCCUCCUCCCACAGUUUCCCCAUCUCCAUCAUCCAGGUCACCCAGGCACCGCAGAAAGACGAGUACCUGCUCUGCUUCCACGAGUUUGGGGUGUUUGUGGACGAGCACGGCCGCAGGAGUCGAAGUGAGGACAUCCAAUGGAGCCGUUUGCCUCUCUCAUUUGCCUACAGAGAACCCUACCUGUUUGUGACCUAUUUCAACUCGUUGGAUGUGAUCGAGGUCCAGGGCCACUCUGCUCUAGGGGCCCACUCGUACGCUCACCUAGACAUCCCCAACCCGCGCUACCUGGGCCCAGCCAUCUCCUCCGGGGCCAUUUACGUGGCUUCAUCCUACCAGAACAAGCUCCGGGUCAUCUGCUGUAAGGGGAACCUGGGACAGGAGGGGGAGCUGCAGAGGAAUGGCUCUGGACGCAGCCCCAACAAGCGUGGGCCGCCCUCCUACAACGAGCACAUCACCAAGCGCCUGGCGGCCAGCCCCGCAUUGCACGGUGACCCGGGCACGCCACACCGCUACCGCGAGGCCCGCACCGAGUUCCGCCGCGACAAGUCACCCGGCCGCCGGCCACACUCGGUGGAGAGGGAAAAGUCUCCCAAUGGCAGGAAGAUGAUGGACCCGCGUCUGGCCAGGUCUCCAGGGAGAGCCUUGGGGGGGGACCUACGCCUCGGUCGCUCCCCAGGGAGGUUGAUGGACCGGGACGUGAGGAGGGAGAGGUCGCCGGGACUGGGGUUCGAGGAGCAGCAGCAUGGAGUUCGCCAGAGACUCCACACCAGCUCCGGACGCACGCCCCUCACCACAGUCAACAAGGUGUGGGAUCAAUCAUCUGUUUGAGGAACAGCAAUGUCACACCAGUCAGAAGAGUGACAUCCCCCUUACCCGGGUUAGGGAAUAGGAGGUUGAAGACCCACUGUCAAUGCUGAAUGUCAGAACUAUGGGAUUUUACUGGAAUAAAUAAUGGUUAAUGCAAUGUUGAUAUACAGUAACAAAUAAUUUUUUAUAUCCAACAUUUGACGUCUGCAAGGACCAAAAACAACAUUUGUCACAAACACUGAGAUAAACGCUUGGAAUAUCUGCUCAAUUAAAUCCUGGAAAGUUACAGAUAAAUCUGAGUUUAGAAACACAACUAAACGUUCUCCUGGAUUUUCUCUCUCCCCUGUGCAUAUCAGCUAGAUCAGUGGUGGGCAUCUCCAGUCCCAGAGGGACACGCUGUGUGCAGGCUUUUGUUACAGCUCAGCACUAAUAUGCCUCAUUCAAAUAAUCAACUAAUCAAAGUCUUUGAUUUAGAUCAAGUGUAAUUACGUUUUUGUUAGAGCUUAUCUGGAAUAAAGUCUACACACACACACACACACACACACACUGCAACCUUCUAGGAUUAGUCCAUCCCUGAGCUAGAUGACUACACUAAAACGCACUAAAACCGCACUACCCACAAUCCCCAGCAACAGCUGGCUCUUGCAACAGGACCUUUAUAAAUAACCAUAAUGCUAAUUGACACUGUAAAUAGGCAGACUUAGGUUUCUUCCAAAAUGGCACCCUACUCCCUAUACACUGCACUACUUUUGACCAGGACCAACAGGGAUCUGGUCAAAAGUAGUACUCUAUAUAGGGAGUAGGGUACCAUUUCAGACAGAGCCAUGCUUUUUAUAGAUACUGAAAGGGAACCUCAAGGCUGGAAAAGCCACAUCUAUUUUUGUUAAAGAGAAAAGUGAUUGUUACAUGUAUGUGUCUUCUUAAAUGUCAAAUGAAUAUUAUUGUUUUAAAACGUCCUUUAUCAAGUGAGCAUUUUGCCUUGGACCCAUCUUGUGUAAUGCACUUAAACACGCAAAAACAAACAUGCGGCUUGAGAGAUCAUUACGCUUACAACAUACUACUUCAAUAUUCAUUUUUUUACCGCAAUCUCCCUUACCCUCUUGUAUAUACCCCCCAAAUUGUUGUUUAUGAUUGAUUGAUUGAUGAAGAAACAUUUUUAGUUUGACUGAUUUGUCAAAGGCAUGGAUGUACUUAAAUGAAAAUCAAAAAGAAAUAUCCUAUGCUCUUCAGCAUCAUAUUCAUUUCAGUGAACAAUGACGGUGAAUCGACACUGGAGCAUGUGAGCGAUAGAAAAAAAGUAUAUUUAUACAUGUUUUAGUUUGCGUUAAAUUUAAAUUUUAUGGGUGACAUUUUCCUACUUCUGAACACCUCACGCAGCAAGAACAUAUGAUAUUUUUAGUCACAUAAGCCUACUCUUUAUACUUUAAUAUAUCAACUUACUUUUGAUGUACUUAUUCUUUAUAUUUGCUUAACAUCAGCCCCCCCCCACACACACACAAACAAAUGAUUUAUAUUCAACCAUGACGACCAAAAUUCAGUGUAGCAGUGAAAGGUCACGUAGCAAAUUCUUGUAGAACAGGUUAGCCUACAUGUGCAAUAAUAAACAUUUUGCUCACAUCCUCUAUAUGCAUCUUUUACUCAGCAUCUGGGCGGGAGUGUACAAGGUCGUAAAUUGACUUCAUUUCAUACGUGCCUAUCAAUUUACCAUCUGCUACCUAAGUCCAUCCCUCUACUUUUUCACUUUUUGGAAACUUUGCGAGCGGCAGAAUACCAAUGUGAGAUCGGUGCAUUUUGCGGACUCAGUUUAGACGAGAAACAUGUGGCCCUGUUCUAGAUAUGAUAAUGUUGAUGUCUUACAAAUGAUUUACUAGCUUUCCCUGUAGAUUUUGUCACACAAUAUUAAACAUAACCAAAGUCUUUA